AAUGGCUGGGGCAGCGCUGCUUCUGCUCCACCAAUAGAAAGAGCGCGGAUUAGGGGCGGCCACUUCCUGGAGACCGCAGGUGUAGGAGCGAGCGCCGCGCCCCUCGGACGGGCUCCCGGAGCUAGCAGCGUGCACGUGGAAGUCAGAGGACAACUUCCAGGAGUCAGGAGCAGGAUCUCUCCUACCGAUGUAGGUCCUAGGAAAUCCAACUCAGGAGUUCAGGGGAUUUGGGCUUCUCAGAAGACAACUGGGGAACAAGCUCAAUCGGGGUUAAGAGGAAAUUGAGUUGGACUCCUACCUGCUCCCUCACUAUGGUAGGAUGAACGUGGGGGUGGCGCACAGCGAAGUAAACCCCAACACUCGUGUGAUGAAUAGUCGGGGCAUCUGGCUGGCCUACAUCAUCUUGGUUGGACUGCUGCAUGUGGUUUUACUCAGCAUCCCAUUCUUCAGCAUUCCUGUUGUCUGGACCCUGACCAAUGUCAUCCAUAACUUGGCAAUGUAUAUCUUCCUACAUACAGUGAAAGGGACACCCUUUGAGACCCCUGAUCAAGGAAAGGCUCGACUUUUGACACACUGGGAGCAGAUGGACUAUGGGCUACAGUUUACCUCUUCCCGCAAGUUCCUCAGCAUCUCUCCUAUUGUACUCUACCUAUUGGCCAGCUUCUAUACCAAGUAUGAUGUUGCUCAUUUCCUCAUCAACACUGCCUCACUGCUCAGCGUACUGCUACCUAAGCUACCCCAAUUCCAUGGAGUUCGCCUGUUUGGAAUCAAUAAAUACUGAGGGAUGGGUUAAAAGUUCCCCAGGCACUGAAAGAAAGUACUGGAACAGCUAUGAUGUGGUUCCCUUCGCCACACUAUUUUCUGUACCUUGGAAGCCUAAAAGAUAGACAAACCUUUUCUAAACUCCAAGAAGAGAAGAAAUCGGGAAAUGGGGCUCCUGAGCCCAGCCUUGAUUGGGCCAAGUCUCUGAAUCAGGAAAGGCGGACAAGGUUAAGGGCCACACUACUCUGCUCUGUAACAAGGAGCCAUUCGUGUUUGGGCAGCUUGUUUGGUGAUUGUUUUUCCAUGUCUCUAACUCUGCCACCUUCAAGUUGGGUUUUGCUGUAUAUUUUCCUUAAAAUAAAGGUGGUUUUUUUGUUUU